GAAAAAAGAUGAUCUUUCGCAUCUCAUCCGUCUUCUCUUCCUUUAUUCACGAGACCCAUGUGCGAGAUUACACCGCAGAUCAUUUUUGCUUGUUGCUUGCUUCAGCAGAGCAUAGAUUCCCCUGCUUCUUAAGGGGGGCAGAUGGGGUUCUCAUUCUGACCCGGCUCUUACUUUCUUGGUCUUUUAUGUUUUUUUUUUCCCUUUGAAUUCAUCACGUACUCGUGCCCGUUCUAUCUUUGUGGCAGUGACCAACUAGGCAACUAUGGCUUCUUCUUGCGUGUGUAUUUGAUUGGGAUUAUGAUAUGAUGUGCCCAUUUGUAAAGCAUCAUGUACUUUAAUGGGUAGAAUCAGUUCUUAUUGAGAGGGCCUCAAGAGAUGCAACCAGCUUUUAGUAAUCAAAGAGUCCUUGAAAGUUAUCUCGAGUUUAUGGAAUUGAAGUUUAGGAUAGAUAUAUCAUAUCUGAGCGAGACUGUCACUGCAUGCGUGGAUGUGAAUUCAGAGGUUCAAUUCCCCCUCAAGUUUUUCCACACCAUUACCAAUUCAAUUGGAAACGAUAACAGAAUGUAUAGAUCGACCUAGAUCCUUGCAUCUGCCCAUCGCACCUCCCGUGAAUUAGAACGUGUGGUUAUGGAAUCUGAGCUGCUACUUCAUAGCGGUGGAUGCCAUUGCAGGAGAGUACGGUGGGAAGUCGAAGCGCCGACUAGCGUAGUUGUUUGGAAAUGCGAUUGUUCAAAUUGCUCCAUGAGAGGCAAUAUCCACUUCAUUGUUCCUUCUGGACGAUUCAAACUUUUGGGAAAUUCAGACCAAUACCUGACAACCUACACUUUCGGCACUGACACGGCAAAGCAUACUUUUUGCAAAGUUUGCGGGAUAACGUCGUUUUACAGGCCAAGAUCAAAUCCAGAUGGAAUCGCCGUUACUUAUAGGUGCGUGGACCCUGGUACUCUGGCUCAUGUCGAGAUCAAGCAAUAUGAUGGGAAGAACUGGGAAAGCUCAUAUGAUGCGACGGGCAUUUCUUCAUAUUCUAAAGUGGAUACAGAAAAGGCAAAACUUGGUUCCAGCUGAAAAUUGUUCUGAUGCUGCUAAUGUCGAGUAUAUAUACUCCGUAGCUCUGAGUAGUCUGUGCGUUUUAACACAGGCAUGAGGUUCCAAAUGUGUACUAUUAUGUAAUACUUUGGUUGGUUGACAGUGAAUCACACAUGGGAGGCCGUUGAGGUGAAUA